AUGGACCGCUGCUUGCCAGACGCAGCAGAUGAACCAAUGGAGCUUCCGGAGACCCUGCAGGAGCCGACAAUGGUCACCACUGAUGCUGCGACUCCCAAGUCCGAUGCAACAACCGUGCGGCUUGGUGAUCACUUGCACAGCGCAGAGCGCAGUCCGCCACAGGGCCGGGAAAACGUCGAGGGCGUCUUGGCAGAUGCAACCGCUGAAGCAAAGGAGCUUCCAGGGACCCUGAAGGACCACGAAGAGAUCAAGGGCUUGUGCGCAGAUGCACCCGCUGAACCAAAGAAGCUUUCCGAGACCCUGAAGGACCCCGAAGACAUCAAGGGCUUCCUGGCAGAUGCAACCGCUGAACCAAAGGAGCUUUCCGAGACCCUGAAGGACUGCGACGAGGUGGGAGAUGCCGUAGCCGAACCAAAGGGGCUUGCCGAGUCCAUGAAGGACCCCGCAGACAUCAAGGGCUUGUGGGCAGAUGCAACCGCAGAACCAGACGAGCUUCCAGAGACCCUGAAGGAGGAUCCAGCCGGUGACCGAAUGGAGCUUCCGCCCACGCACACCCCGGAGGCUGCAACAGUGCCAAUGGAUCUGGUUACACCUGAGUCGGAGAUCAAGGUCUCUGCACCGUCCACGAAAAGACGUUUGAACUUUGAGGCUUGUGACGACACGCCUACACCCAAGAGAGCAGAGCGAUCGCGGCAGCUUCAUGAAGCACUGAACAUCCAGAUGCGAAGCCCAGUCCCAAGCGGGACUCUAUCUUUGAGCAGCCCACUGCCAACACCUCCGCUUGCCAGCCCCAAGCUGGCUCAGCAAGCUACGAGAAAGCCUACGGCCGCGAAGUCCAAGACUACGAAAGGAGGUGGCAAGCGGGGACCGGGCCGGCCCAAGAAGAGCACUUCCCCGAAGGCCAAGGCCCAGCCGAAGAGUGCCAACAAGCGGUCCAAGAGCGCGAGCAAGCCGAAGCCGAGGAGCCCUAGCUUGCCGAAGAGUUCGAGCAAGCCGUCGAGCCCUACCAAGAGUGCCAACAAGCCGUCGAGCCCUACCAAGCCGAAGAGCCCCAAGAAGUCGUCGAGCCCUACCAAGCCGAAGAGUGCCAACAAGCCGUCGAGCCCUACCAAGCCGAAGAGUGCCAAGAAGCCGGCAAGCCCUACCUUGCGGAAGAGCCCCAACAAGUCGUCGAGCCCUACCUUGCCGAAGAGUGCCAACAAGCCGUCGAGCCCUACCUUGCCGAAGAGUGCCAACAAGACGAGCCCUACCUUGCCGAAGAGUGCCAACAAGACGAGCCCUACCAAGCCGAAGAGUGCGAAGAAGACGAGUCCUACCAAGCCGACGAGCUCGAAGAAGACCACCCCUACCAAGCCGAAGAGUGUGAAGAAGACGUGCCCGAAGGCCAAGGCCCAGCCCAAGCGCGUGGAUGGCACCGGUCCCAGGGGCAAGCGUGGUGCACCCUUGAAGAUGACUCGGGCAUGUGUAUACUCUCGGGGCUACCAUGACAAGAGGAAUACAGGUGGCAGCAAGAAGCAGGCCAGGGCAGCCGGCCGUCGAGCUUGCAAGAAGUUCUUCGGAUAUUGA